UUUUAUCACAUUCUGUACACCCAGGGAUGCUCUCUAUGGUGUUGAUGCCGUACUUUGCUCGCGAGGUGCCCGACAUCACGCUUGUGCCCGUCAGCAUUAACUACGAGCGACUGAUGGAGGACAAACUCUUCGCGUAUGAGCACAUUGGGGUGCCCAAGCCGAAGGAAUCUACUGGGGGUUUCCUAAAAGCCUUGAAGAGUUUGAACGACAAUUUCGGAGACAUAUACAUAAACUUAGCCGAGCCAAUAUCGCUCCGAAGCUACCUUGAUGACGACGUCCAACCACGCUCGGGUGAGGAUCUCAAGCCGGUAGACAUGCAGCAACUGACAGCAGACCAGUUCAAGCAAGUGCAGGACUUGGCAGAGGAUAUGAUAACGCUCCAAGACGCGUACACAGUGGUGAAUGUUUCGAACCUAGUGGCGAUGACGCUGAUGCAAUGUCUGAUGGUGAAUCAAACCAUGUCGUUCGAAGAUGUAUGCGAUGAAGCCCAGUUUAUAGCGACAGUGUUGUUGGCUCGUGGCGCGGCGGUGUUCGCGAAGGACUACACGAAGAGUGUCGAGAAGGUGUUGUUGGUGCAUCGCAGGCUGAUGCGGCUCGACCAGAACAAACACCUGAGGCUCCUCACCGAGCCGCUCAUGGACGUGUCCGACGAUAUGAAGGCCAAGAUGAAAGGUUACAUAUUUGACGCGGAGACGUUAUCGUACGCGUUGCCAGUGAUCCAACUGCAGUUGUAUGUGAACCCCGGAAUACCCUGCCUGAUGAUGUCAGCCAUCUUGUACCUCAUAGCUUGCAGGGGACCGAUAAAUGAAUGCCAACUGGCUUCAGAAUUUCUGAUGACACGAAAGCUCUUGCGUUACGAAUUCUUUUACACACACAAAACUCUUAGAGACACAUACCACGAGGAGCUGGAUUAUUGCCUACGUCAAAAGUGA